AUGGAGACACUCUUCGGCCGCAAGCGGCGCACACAGAAAGACGAUGCGAAUGUGCUGCGCGCCGGCCUCGAAGAGGGCCGGACGAGCACCAGCAGCAUGCGUGACGUGCCGACCAUCUCGCCUGUGCGCGCGUCUGCCAUGCAGGGGAAAAGCAGUGGAAAUGCGCACGACACGACACUGACCGAGGCGCUUGUCAAGCCGCCGUCCAUACGUGCCAUUACACCCGGCCUUGCUGCCACGGGAACGCCGCGCGACGCCGGCGCAGCGGCGCUCCGCCGCUCGGUCAUGUCGCAUCUGCCCGAGGCGCGUGCAUCGCGCCCGCCCGAUGCAGAUGUAGAGCGCAUGUUUGCCGACCUCAUGGACCGCCGUGACCUGCUGUCGAACGCUGGCACCGCACCGCUCUCGAGCGAUGCGCGACAAAACAUGAUGACAUUCAGCGUCGAGAAAAAGUGGACGCUCGUCUACAACGACCUCUUGACCGAGCAGAGCAAUGACCGCGAGCGCGAGCGGGCACGCCGUGUAUUUCCAACCAGCACACCGAGUGCGCCGGCGCCGCAGUCGACCAUGGUCCUGAUGCGCAACUCACCAGAGUGGUUCAUCAAGAAGUUUAUGGACGGCACAGUGACGAGCAAGCAUAUCGAGUCACUUGCGGUCACACUACGUACGUGCGCCAUUGGCUGGCUGCAAAACUUUGUCGAGGCCAAAGGCACGCCGGUCCUCUCGUCCUUCCUCGCCGGGCUGCACUCGCGUGUGCCACCCAGCGGGCAGGACCUAGCGCUGGAGUACGAGGUGCUGAAAGCCUUUCGCUCGCUCUUUAACAGCAAGCCCGGCGCACACGAUGCACUGCAGCAUCCCAAGUGCAUUAGCGGCAUCACGCAGUCGCUCGUCUCGACGCAGCUCUCGACACGAAAGCAGGCGUCCGAUAUCCUCCUCUUUUUGUGCCACUGGGAGAAGCCGGAAGGGCACCGCCUUGUGCUGCAAGGAAUCGACGACCUGCGUGCGGUGCACAACCUCCCUGGCCGCUUUGACGGCUGGUUCUCUGCGCUCGAAUCUGCGCUCGACGGCCGGGGGCGCAUGGGCAGCCUCGUCGGUGCGUCGGACGAGGUGCGGCGGCUGCAGCUCACGAGCAUGCCGGAAUCAGGCCUGACGGAGUAUGUCGCCAACAACAUGUUCCUCAUCAAUGCGAUUGUGAACAGCGACAUUGUCGACUCGCUCCAGGUGCGUGUUCACCUGCGCAGCCAGAUGACGGCGAGCGGCAUCGUGCGUAUCAUGACCAAGAUGCGCGCGCUGAUGACGCCGGACCUCGAUACACAGCUCACCGUGUACGAAAAAGGCGCGGCGGCCGACCAGGAGGAGCUCGUCGAGUCGAUGGGCCGCGAAGGCUCUGCGCUCCUCGACCCACACGACCUCUUGCAGGCGGUCCUGAGCCGCGUCCAGGACACGCGUGCGCGCGAGUUUCUGCUCAGCGCACUGCAGCAUCUCUUGCUCAUCCAGCGCGAAGGGGCCGAUUUGGUCCACUCCUACCAGCUGAUCGACUCGAUGGUGUCGACCGUCGCGAUGGACCGCAACGGCGCCGCGACACAGGGCGACCUCGAGUCCCUCCUGGGCACAUCGGUUAGCAACGUCCUCGGGCGCUUCGCCGAGCAGGACCUCCUCGAGCGCACGCAGGCUGAGCUGCGCGACGCCCGCGCACAGCUGCAGGCACGCGAAGCCGAGACGACGCGCCUACGCCACGAGCUCGAGGCGUCGCAAGGCGGCCUCGUCGGCCAGCUCCAGAGCCAGCUUGCCGAGGCGCAGCAGGACCUCGCCAUGUCGCGCGAAAAUGCCUCAGGCCUCCAGCGGGACAUGGACGAAAUGGAGCGGACGUACGUCGACCGUAUUCUUGCCCUCGAACUGGGUCUGCGCGAGUCCAACGCGCUGCUCAAGCAGCACGAAGAGAACGCCAACGCGGCCUUUGCCCAGUUCGACCGCCAGGUGUUGCGCGACUCGCUCGAGCGCCAAGUCGAACGCAGCCGCACGAUCCGCAAACUCGUCUCGACGACUGGGCGCCAGGAGCCGCUGCCCCCGCUCGACACGUCGCCGGACCCCGGGCAGGUGCCCCGCUUUACCGGCGCGCCGCCGCUCCCGCCCGUACCGCAGGGACCGCCGACACCGACGCCGCCGACACCGACGCCGCCCCCACGCGCUCCGGAGCGCACGACGCCGACGCAGAUGGACCGCAGCAUGUCUGCCGACGCGGAGCGCAUCGGCAAGGCGGCGCUCGACCUGGACGUGUCCGACAGCAACGAGGGUACCGAGCCGCCUCCGCCGUCCUUUGAUGAGCUCGACGAAUGGAGCAUGCAGGCUGUCUUGGCCUCGGGCAUGGCAAAGAAUGCGGAUUUGCAGUCACGCAUGAAAGAGGUCCGUGCGUCGCGUAUCCGCCGCCGGAACGACUCGUCCCUGCCGGGCACGCCCGAAAAGGCGGCGCGCAUCGAGCAGGACGAGGCACCGACAGAUGAGGUACCGAUAGACGAGGCACCGGCCAAAGACGCCAAGGAAGACGUCGGCGAGGUUGCACCGCCGCCACCACCGCCGCCGCCUCCUCCGCCACCACCGCCCGGCGGUGUCUCCCCGCCCCCUCCGCCGCCGCCGCCACCGCCGCCGCCUCCUGGCACGGCCGACAGUGGGAUUCCGCCGCCGCCGCCGCCACCGCCUGCGCCCGGUGCACCCCCCGCGAAUGCAUCGCUCAUGGCGCAGCUGCGUGCGCGCGUGAGCUCCAAGGGCGAAGGGGAGCCGAAAGACCGCUCGUCGCUGAUGGACGUGCGCACGAGCUUUGCGUCUGAGUCACUGGGCCCUGCUGGCCCCGUGCACGCCCCGCCUGCCCCGCCGCUGCACGGCGCAAUGCCCGGGAACUUGCGCAAGAGUGUGCUGGACAUGGCCAAGGGCCGCAUGAAGCAGGUGCAAUGGGACAAGCUCUCUGCGGAGCAUGCGUCGGCCACCGUCUGGGGCAAGACAGGCGUGGAUGAGGAGACGCUCCGCGACCUCUUUCUGCACCAAGGUGUCUUUAAUGAAAUGGAGGAAGAGUUCAAAGCCAAAGAGGCCUCGAAAAAGGUCGCUGCCGCUGUCAAGAAGGACCAGAAAGAGCUGCAGACGCAUCUCAACUAUGCGACGCGCCAAGGCAUUGAGAUGGUGCUCAAGCGCGUCAAGAGCCGCCUUACGGACAGCAAGCAGUGUACGCCCGAGGAGGUUGCGCACCUCAUUAUCCAAUGUGACCCCCAGGUGUGCGACCAAAGCAUCCUCACCGAGCUUCUGCGGUACUACCCCGAGUCCGAGACCAAGGGCCGGUUGGGCGAAUACAAGAAUGCCUCGGACGAGCAGCUGCGUCUGCUGCACCCUGCCGACCGUCUGGUGGUGCUGCUGAUGACGGUCCCUCAUUUGAAGGACAAGGUCAAGGGCCUGCUGUACAUGUCCAAGUAUGCCGACACCAUCGAGCUGAUCCGUACCGGACUCACGCGUAUCCGCCGCGGCUCGGAGGCGAUGAUGAAUGCGCCCAAGUUUGCACAGCUCCUCUCGAUCGUGCUCAUGUUUGGCAACUACCUCAAUGCAACCGGUAUCAAGGGUGGUGCGUACGGUUUCCGUAUCAGCAGCAUCAACAAGCUCGUCGAUACCAAGGCCGGCGACGGCACGACGCUCUUGCACUUUGUCGAGCGUACUGUCUCGCAGCACUUCCCCGAGCUUGACGGGUUCACCGAGGAGCUCACGGCGGCGACAGAGGCGUGCCGCGUCCAGCUCCUGGACCUCAAGCACGACCUCGCCGAGCUCAAGUCGGGCAACACACAGCACAAGAAGGAGCUCGAUCGUCUGCUCGGCGAGCACGAAGAAAACCUCGAGGAUCCCUACGCCAAGAUCAUGCUUCCUUUCCUCCAACAGACGACCAACGAGCUCUCGCGGCUCAACGACCAGAUUCAGCACACGGAGCGCGUCUUUUGCGAUGCACUGCGCUUCUACGGCGAGGGUCCCGACCCCAUCCGCCGCGGCUUUGUCGCGCCCAAGUCCAUGCCGACCGAGGAGUUCUUUGGCAUCUUUAAAGAGUUCCUCACCGCCUACCGCAAGGUCAAGCAGGACAAUGCGGUACGAGCACAGCAGCGCGCCGCUGAGGCCGCGCGCCGCGCCGUCGCCCAGGAGCGCGAGCGCGAGCGCAAGGAGGCCAAGCAGCGCAAAGAGGCCGGUGUCAACGACAAUGCCGUGCUCGAGUCGCUCCUUGGCUCGCUGCGGGCGAGCGGCGGGACGCCGAUGCGCCAGCGCCGCAGUGCGCGCCGCAACGCGCGCAAGCCCACGGGAGAGCUGCGGCCAGAGGAUGCCGAGCCGCUUCCCGAGAGCCCGUCGAGUGUCGCUGCCGUGAUGCUUGCCAAGCUCCAGGGCCAGCCGCGCGAGGGGGCCGAGGCCGAUGCGCUGCCUGUCGCGCAGGCGACCGCUGCUGCGCGGGCCGACCGCCGCCGCGAGCGCCGCGAGCGCAACAGCGUUCCAGUGCUCAGCGACCUGCCGACGCGCACCAGCAGCCGCGCAGAUACCCUAUCUAAUUCCGGCUCGCCGCCAGCGAGCCCCGUGGAGGACGACAGCGGAGCAUUUGACUCGAUGGUCGUCGCCGAGCCUUCGUCGCUGGACGAGGACCUGUCGUCCUUCCACUCUACGCUGCCUCAUACGCCCGAGCACCUCGUGUCGAGGACGCCAGAGCGGCCGCGCACCGCGGGCACGACGCCCCGGGCGCCCUCGCCCGACUCGUUUUACGAGACACCCGAGCGUCCCUCUCAGCACCGUGGCGAUACUGGCUCGCCGUCGAGUACGCACUCGGCAGACGUCCUUGUACCUCCCUAUCGCUCCACAGGUUUUGAAUAG